AUGCCGAUCCGACCAUUUCCAGCAGGCCUCACUGUUGGAGUAGAUCUAUGUUCUAUCGAUCGAUGCCGUCAGAUAAUAACAAAAUCCACAGAGACUGGCCGCGCACCGCACCGAAAGUCUCCCUUGUAUCGCCUUUGUCAGAGGAUCUUCACUCCAUACGAACACACCAAGUUUUGCGCGACGUACAACCUCAAGCAACAUCAGAUCGGGACCGAUGAGGGUUUUAUAGACAGGGUCUCACACUUCCUGGCUGGUCGCUUUGCUGCAAAAGAAGCCGUCAUCAAGGCCGUCACAUGGAGGAAAGUCUCGUUUGAUAUGAUCAUCAUCAAGUAUCACGCGCGCGGUCACCCCUAUGCUAUCGUGCUCGACAAACCAUACGGCGACUAUCCCUCUACCGUACGCCCAGGCCCAGGUCCUGACGAUGGUCCCGACGACUGUUCGCGUAUGGACGGACAGCAUGUGCAGCUAAGCAUUAGCCAUGAUGGCGCAUAUGCAACCGCUGUUUGUUUAGCACCCGAUACGACGGAAUUGUCGGAAGAGUCCACAGAUUCUGAUGUACACGAUCGACUUGGACAAAACAACGAGGAUGACGACGGUCUGUUUGAAGGUUUGGGAGUAUCAAGUAAAGACAUGGACGGGGAACAUGAGGACAAUAAAACACCGAGGUGA